GAGGCGGGAGGAAAAUCUGGAGCCCGGCUAAACGCUAUCUAAAUGCGCCUUAAAGGAUUAAAAUAGCUUUUUACCAACCAGACGUUUACUUUUCGACUUCUCCUGUGUUUGGUGAAACGCUGUCUGAGUUGGCUUCUUUUACAAAAUCCGGAAAUUAUCGGGCUGAAUAAAGAUGAGCCUGGUGAUUUCUCAACAACAGGCUGACCGACUCCCUGCCACAGUCCAAACAGCUACAGAGAGCGACUCGGACAGUGGGAUGGGAUCUCCAGCAGAGGAGAUGGUGACAGAAACCAACAACAGAGAUGAGCUUCCAGAUUCCGAUGAUGAAGACAUUACAGCUCACAGAAAGCCACGACGUAACGCCAUCAGAGACAGCGACAGCGAAGAAGAGGAUGCAGCUGCAGAGAACAGCACUCACAUGGCUGAAGCACUGGUCUUAUCUGCUUCCAGUGAAGAAGAUAUGGAGACUGUAGAAGUGGGUGAGAGAGCUGGCAAGAAAGAGAAAGGAGUGCAGAGGAGCAAGAGAAUAAGCCGUGCUCCAACUGACAGUGAUGAGAGUGAGCCCGAACAAGGAGAUGUUGAAGAGAAGGAGCAAGAGGACAUGAAGAAUGAGGCAAAAUUAAAGAAGGAUACAAAGAAGAGAGACAAAAGUCAGAGACGUCGCGAGAAAAAGGAGAAGCACAGCAAAGUGGUGGAAAAACUGAAGAAGAGAGACAGGUUUUCUGAAGUGAAUGAGGAAACACCUCAGCGUCAUGCUCUGAAUGAUAGCGGGUGUCUGCUGGGUGAUACAGAACUGUUUGACACUGGUCUGGAUGAUGAGGAUGAGGAAGAGUCUCUGGAGGCCAUCCGAGCUGCGGUGAAGAACAAGAUGAAAAAACAUAAGGAACCUCUCAUGAAUGAAGAAGAAGAAGAAGAGGUGCUGGAGAAACCCCAGCGUGUUGAGAGAAAAGCUGCACGUGCCAGUAAAGAGGCCAUGAAGCAACUCCACAGCGAGUCUCAGAGGCUGAUCAGAGAGUCUACACUUGGUCUGCCCUACCACAUCCCUGAACCUAAGACCCUUGACCAGUUCUUUAAGAAGAGAACCAGGCCUGGGGGUCCCGCCAUGGCACUGUUAAAAUCUACAAAGUACUCAGCCAUGAUGUUGGAGGUGCCAUCAGCUCCUCCACCUCCUGCAAACCCUCCAUGUGAGCCCCCACAGACAUCAACAGACCAGGACUCUUCCCCCCCUUUGGACCAGGCGUCCAUCCAGAUGCAGCCGUUACCCCAACCCACUGCCACCUCGUCCCCACAGCAGGAGAGCCUCAGCCCGGCCAGAGAAGCAACUGCCAGUUCAGAUCCUGACCAGGACUCCGGGCCGAUGCUUUACCUGUCUGAGAGUCUGCAGGAGUCUGUCACAACAGAUGUUAAACCUGCCUCUGGGGAAGAGGUGUCUACUGCAGCAGCUGAGGAAAAUCAAACCAAAGAGUCUGAAUCUGGAGCCCAGCGAGGAGAGCUUGGAGCUGGGACUGCUGCUGAGCCUUCAGCCUCCGAGUGUGGGAGCACUGAUCCGGUGACUGCAGAGCCUUCAGCAGAAAAACCCACAAAACUUAAGAAGGACAAAUUUGCUCGACUGAAAGAGCUUGGAUUAAACCCCCCACCUGUUGCUAAAUUGUGUGCUGAUGAUGGAGCCUUCGUCCAGCUCGAGCCCCCACAGCUAAACCCUGGGUUGGAGGCCCUGAAGGAGCGUUACCUUCGUCACGUCCAGGCACCUGCACAUCCUCAAAGAGAGCAUUCGAUGCAGCUCAACAUCAUCCGCAAAGACAGCACCCCUUCUGGACAGGAAGAGCUGCGUACGGAGUCAGUCACUGUCACUGUUAAAGAUGGUGUGGAUGAGCCUGUGGCCACUAAACCUGGAGAGAAGCUGCUGACUCUGAAACAGCGUCUGCAGCUCGCCAUGGCCCAGCGGAGAAAAGAGGAGAGGGCACGCAAGGCUGAGCUGAAUCGACUUGACAACGAAGACUGUGGAGAAGAAGAGGAGGAGGAAGAAAUGACAGAUGACUCGGAGGAGGAGGAGGGUGUAGAUGACUUACUCAGAGGAGAUGAUGGUGAAGAAGAAGAAAAGCAACUUGAAGAUGAGGAAGAAGGCAGUGUAGCCCAGAGUAUGAGGAGUCCUUCUCCUGUGGCCCUUAACGGUCCUUCACCAUCCCCUGACCUUGUUAACACUGAUGGUACUCUGAUGCUCUUUCCAGGAAACUCCUGUUCUCGCACUGGUGAUGGUCUAAGGAGGCCAGGUCCCUCUGGACAAGACAGCAGUAAUAAGAUGGAGGAUGACUCUCUGUCUCUAAUAAAGGACAACAGCCACAACAGCAGCUUUGAACUUGCAGGAUCUAUGAUCACCUCUUACCAGCCAAUCAACAAUCAGCACUCAACAGGACGGGGCGUGGCCAACUCUAUAUUUCGCUCCCCUUCCCCCUGCCUCUUCAGGCCCAGCUUCCUUGGAUCUGCAUCUAAAAGCUCAGGCAAAUUGUCGGAGCCAUCUUUAUGCCUCCCCGUCGAGGACUCCCAAGACCUUUACGCCCCUCCAUCCCCUGAUACAGAUUCAGGGCCCCUGGGGGGAGUUGCUUCUGGGCCUGGUUUGGGGGGAGAAUCACAAGGCCGCUUUUCUCUGGAAGAUGACGGCCAUUCCCAGUUACUCGACGCAGAUGGCUUCCUCAACGUGGGUCCUCGGCCUGGUGCACCCCCCUCCCACAAGAGGCAGCUGAUCCUGGACAGCCUGGAUGAAAAUGCCAUGGAUGCGAACAUGGGAGAGCUGUUAGGGUUGUGCUCUGGUACUUUCGGGACGGCAAAGAGCAACUCGAAUGAAGCUGGAGGCCUCGGAGCUACACAAGAGGAUGAGUUGCUGGGUCUGUGUUCUGGAGCAUUUCCACCAACACAGGCUAGCGGAGAGCAGUCUGAACCAGAGAAGAGGAAGGAUGAAGAUACUGACAGUUCCAUGGAUCAGCUUCUGGCACUGUGCUCAGGCAAAUUUCCAAGCCCAGGUUCUCCUCAUACGGCUUCACCCGUAAAGAACAGUGAAAAGGAGCCAAAUGAAAAAGAGCAACAAGAAGAGGAGGAGGAUCAGUAUGAGUUUCAAUUUCUAUCAGAUGAAGACAGUCAAAACGCACAAGAGGGGGAGGGGGAUGAGGAUGAUAAUAGUGGAAGUGAAAAUGAGGAAGAGGAGGCUGAGGAGGAAGAAGACAACAAUGAUGUGGAAGAGGAGGAAAUGCAGGGUGUGUUCGCACCUCACAGAACAAAGAAAAAGAAGAAAAUGCGUUUGACCGACUACGUGGACUCCGAGGCUGAGCUGUCAGGCAGCGACGUGGGCAGUGACGAUGACGACGAUGCCGGAGGGAGCGAGUACGAGGAAGAAGACCUUCUGGAAGAGCUUCCAUCUGAUGAAGAGCUGCAGGACCAAGUCAACAAGAUCCACAUGAAGCAGGUCCUGGAUGAUGACAAGCGUCGUUUAAGGUUGUACCAGGAGCGUUAUCUGGCUGAUGGUGACCUGCACUCUGAUGGCCCAGGACGAGCUCGCCGCUUCCGCUGGAAAAACAUAGAUGAUGGUUUUAACACGGACAGAACAGGAGCAGAAGGUGAGGAAGAGGAGGAGGAGGAUGACAUCGAUCAGACUGAAGUCCAGAGGAGGAAGGAGAGACUGGAGAAGGAGCAGUGGCUCAGAGAACAGUCUGAACAGAAAGCUAAGAAAGGGGAAGAUUUGGACGCAGACGAUGAGAAGAUUGGAGAGGAAGAUAGUCGUUUCAUGAAGCUGGCCAAGAAACUAACUGCCAAGACUCUACAGAGGAAAGAACCUCCCGUGGUUCCACAACCAGAGAAGAAGUCAUCGUCUGUGAAUCCCUUCCAGAAACCAGUGCAGCCCUCACAGGUGAGGAGAGGUUCACUCCUGAGUCAGCCUCAGUCCGUCCUUCAGAAGCUGGCUUCGAUCUCAGAGGGAAAUCCUCUGGCUCCCAGGAACAGCCGAGGAUUCUUGUUUCAGACGUUGUCUCCUGAGAAGGACUCAAACUCAGAUGCUCCUCAGAAACAGAUGAAGAAGAGGGGGCCGGUGGAGGCUGUGAACCCAGCAUCUAAAAGGGUCUGCAGGGAGAGCAAACCUGCUGUACCAACAAAAGGACCCCAGAGGAGCAUCUUCAGCUUCCUCGACCACUGACACACUGGUACAUUCACUGACUCCAUCAUCCGUUACCCAUUAUGCCACUGAGCGGGGCCACAAAUCACAGGCCAUACCCAACAUUUCAGGGAUAAAGGAACUAAUAAAAUGGUCAUUUAUGUUUACAUUGCCUUUCACUGCCAACCUCAAGAACACAUUUACAGUUGAACUUGAAUCUUACUACUUACAGUUUCUGCUCCAUACGAUGCCUUCACUGUCUCGUUGUACUUGACUUCAGCUUAACUGCUUGAUGUGUCCAUUUGUGAAUGUCUUAUGUAAAUAAAAUUGAUUUGCUGUUUAAUGGUUAGGGAGUUUUGUAUAAUUGUAUUUGUACGAUUUAAAUUUGUUUAACCUUGUAAA